CUCAAAAUUAAAAAAAAUAAAAUUAUUAUUAUUAUUAUUAUUAUUAUUAUUAACGUGAAUGAUAUUUGCAGAAUCUCGAUCUCUGCAUGUUAAAGCGCAAUCCGGCUUACGUUAGCUGCUGCCAGGAGGUUUUGUUCCGUUCCCCAUACUAACUGCUCCUAUCGUACGCCGCUCCUUCUCCCGGCGCAUUCUCUUAUCCUUCACCGCUCUAACCGCCAUGGCCACGAAGCUUCUGUUGACGCUGGCGAUAUGCAGGCUGAUCGUCGCCGUCGGGCUAACAUUGGACCCGACGGAGCUCUCGCGCCUCGCCGUGCGCGGCGAGCUCAGCUCGGAGCCGGCGGACUUGGCGGCGGCGUCCGUUGACUUCGGCGGCACGCGGAGGGCGGAGGCGAUGGCGGUGCUCUAUCCCGCGGACGCCGACGACGUCGCGCGGCUAAUCACGGCGGCGUACGAGUCGGCGCACGGCUUCACCGUCUCCGCUCGCGGCCACGGCCAUUCGAUCAACGGCCAGGCCAUGACGGCGUCCGGCGUCGUCGUGCAAAUGAGCCGCGCCGCCGCCACCGCCGUCCCCAAGCCGCUGGUAUCGGAGAAGUUUAUGUUCGCCGACGUUUGGGGCGGGGAGCUAUGGAUUGAUGUGCUCAAGUCCACCUUAGAGCAUGGACUCGCACCCAAAUCGUGGACCGAUUACUUGUACCUUUCCGUUGGAGGUACUCUCUCCAAUGCAGGCAUCAGCGGCCAAGCAUUCAAUCACGGCCCUCAGAUUUCCAACGUCCACGAGCUCGAUGUCGUCACAGGUAAAGGUGAAAGUGUGACAUGUUCAGAAGAGCAAAACUCAGAGCUAUUCCAUGCAGUGCUGGGAGGACUAGGACAGUUUGGGGUAAUCACAAGAGCCAGAAUUGCACUUGAACAUGCUCCUCAAAGGGUGAGGUGGAUAAGGGUACUGUACUCGGAUUUCCAGGCGUUCACGAAAGACCAAGAGUAUCUCAUCUCUCUGCAUGGGCAACCGCCGUCGCAGAAGUUCGAUUACGUCGAAGGUUUCGUGAUAGUCGAUGAAGGCCUCAUUAACAACUGGAGAUCAUCCUUCUUUUCGCCGCGUAAUCCGGUCAAGUUUUCGUCUGUCAAGUCCGACGGCGGCGUGCUGUACUGCCUGGAGAUCACUAAGAACUACGACCAAUCAACCGCCGACACCGUGGAUCAGGAGAUAGAUGCGUUAUUGAAGAAGUUAAAAUUUAUCCCGAGCUCAGUUUUCACAACGGACCUACCCUACGUAGAUUUUCUGGACCGGGUUCACAAGGCGGAGUUGAAACUCCGGUCCAAGGGGCUGUGGGACGUGCCGCACCCGUGGCUGAACCUCUUCGUCCCCAAAUCAAGAAUCGAGGAGUUUGACAGAGGGGUGUUCAAGGGCAUUUUGGGGAAUAAGACCAGUGGGCCUAUCCUUAUCUACCCCAUGAACAAGAACAAAUGGGACGAGAGGACUUCGGCGGUGACACCGGAAGAUGAGGUGUUUUAUCUAGUGGCGUUUCUAAGAUCCGCCGUAGAGAAUGGCAACGAAUCUCAAACGUUAGAAAAUCUUCAAAGCCAAAAUCGAGACAUCCUUAAAUUCUGCAAAGAAUCAGGAAUCCAAAUGAAGCAGUAUCUCCCCCAUUACAGCACACAACAAGAAUGGAAAGAGCAUUUUGGAGAGAAGUGGGAGAGGUUCCAGCAGAGGAAAUUACAGUUCGAUCCAAAGCAUAUUUUGUCCACCGGACAACUCAUCUUCACCCCAUCUUUUAACGCCAUGACAGCUUCAUGGUGACAGCUAGCUCAGCUAGCUAUUGUGUAUCAUUAAGUCAGUUAUCAAACGUUUAACUUUUAUUAGUAGUGACAGGUUGUACAUAAUUAAGGGGUAGGAAGUGAAAGUUGUAGCAUUAAUUUUUUUUCCCUUUGUUUAGGGUUAAUUCCUCGAGGUAAUUUAAUAAAAUAUUAUAUUUUCAUGUCAUUCAA